AUGGUCUUAUUCAAAUCUACACUCAUACUGCACAAACCCAGCUCAUUCCGAGAUACCGCUCAUUCCGAGCAAAACCUGUCUCAUUUAGAGACCCCACUCAUCCCGAGCAAAAACCGUCUCAUUCAGAGACACCGCUCAUUUCGAGCACAACAGUCUCAUUCAGAGACCCCGCUCAUUUCGAGCAAAAACCAUCCCAUUCAGAGACACCGCUCACCCCGAGCAAAACUGUCUCAUUUAGAAACACCGCUCGCUCUUCCCGAGCAAAAACCCGUCUCAUUCAGAGACCCCGCUCAUUUCGAGCAAAAACCGUCUCAUUCAAAGACACCGCUCAUCCCGAGCAAAACUGUCUCAUUUGGAAACACCACUCGCUCUUCCCGAGCAAAAACCCGUCUCAUUCAGAGACCCCGCUCAUUUCGAGCAAAAACCGUCUCAUUCAGAGACCCCGCUCAUUUCGAGCAAAAACCGCCUCAUUCAGAGACCCCGCUCAUUUCGAGCAAAAACCAUCUCAUUCGGAGACACCGCUCACCCAGAGCAAAACCGUCUCAUUUAGAAACACCGCUCGCUCUUCCCGAGCAAAAACCCGUCUCAUUCAGAGACCCCGCUCAUUUCGAGCAAAAACCGUCCCAUUCAGAGACACCGCUCAUCCAGAGCAAAACUGUCUCAUUUAGAAACACCGCUCGCUCAUCCCGAGCAAAAACCGUCUCAUUCAGAAACCCCGCUCAUCCCGAGCAAAACCGUCUCAUUCAGAGACCCCGCUCAUCCCGAGCAAAACCGUCUCAUUCAGAGACCCCGCUCAUUCCGAGCAAAACCCGUCUGAGACCCCGCUCAUCCCGAGCAAAAUCGUCUCAUAUAGAGACCCCGCUAAUCCCGAGCAAAAACCGUCUCAUUCAGAGACCCCGCUCAUCCAGAGCAAAAACCGUCUCAUUCAGAGACACCACUCAUCCCAAGCAAAAACCGCCUCAUUCAGAGACCCAGCUAAUCCCGAGCAAAAACCGUCUUAUUCAGAGACACCGCUCAUCCCGAGCAAAAACCGCCUCAUUCAGAGACCCCGCUCAUCCCGAGCAAAAACCGUCUCAUUCAUUAACCCCGCUCAUCCCGAGCAAAAACCGCCUCAUUCAGAGACCCCGCUCAUCCCGAGCAAAAACCGUCUCAUUCAUUAACCCCGCUCAUCCCGAGCAAAAACCGCCUAAUUCAGAGACCCCGUUCAUCCCGAGCAAAAACCGCCUCAUUCAGAGACCCCGCUCAUCCCGAGCAAAACCCGUCUCAUUCAGAGACCCCGCUCAUCCCGAGCAAAAACCGCCUCAUUCAGAGACCCCGCUCAUCCCAAGCAAAAACCGUCUCAUUCGGAAACCCGCUCUUUCCGAGCAAAAACCGUCUCAUUCAUUAACCCCGCUCAUCCCGAGCAAAAACCGCCUAAUUCAGAGACCCUGCUCAUCCCGAGCAAAAUCCGUCUCAUUCGGAAACCCCGCUCUUUCCGAGCAAAAACCGUCUCAUUCAGAGACCCCGUUCAUACAGAGCCCAAUAUCUACUUAUAACAGAACUUAA